UUGGAUCUUAACCGGAAGCAGUAUUGUUUGGGAUUACAGUUGUCUCCCUUGGAAAGUCCAAGAAGGAAGUUUUAGAAACUUUUCAAUGUUUCUUCACUGCAUUCUACUUAAUAAUGGUUAUCCAGAACAUUGCACAUACAGAAUAUGACAAUAAUAAUCAAGAAUUGACUGUUUUAAGUCGUCAUUCUUUUGACAAACAUGGACUCAAAAUAGUUGGGGCUGUUUCAGUUAUUUUCGUUCAACCACUUGAUGGAAAGAAUGAACAGUUCCAGUGGCAGAAUGAAGAUAAAGUGUCAUCAUCACUUUCCGUCAUCACUUUGCCAGGAUCUUUUACACAGACAGUUGAUGGCAACAAGCAAAGAAACCUUGACCUUGAUAAUCCAAAAGGAAUCAAUCAUAAUGAAUAUAGAUCAGACUUUGUAUCUAAGGAAGGACUUCGUCAUGAAAACAAAAUCCCUGCAAGUUCAUCAGGAAGUAUUGGUGAUGAAUUUACAAACACUCAUAAUGUUAGUAUUAUUGAUUUCUCCAAACAAAGACUUGAACCUUCAUUGCAUUCAACACCAUUUUCAGAGAAUUCUGUUAACCAAAAUCAAAACAAUUUCAAAUCACAAACUAAUAUGGUGCCUAGUAUUUCCCCAAAGAGACCUUUAAAUCAAUUAACCUCAGCUGCAGUUAGAAGUGUCCUUAACCCAAAUGUAUUAACCAGUAUUCCCAAACCUGUUCCUAUGUUGUCUCCAGUUCUUCAAGAUAAUACCCAGAUUCCAAGAAAAAUUCCUAAAACUGUUCAAAUGAUUGCAGGUGAACAGACAUUGAAUGCUGUAGAGGGUCAACAUGUUCAGAGACAUAGUUCUCCUAAUAUACCAAAAGUUGUUGACGCACCGCAUGAGAGAAGGAUGUUAAAGAUGAAACCAAAGUUUAUGAGAAUUAAAUCCCUGGUUGUCACUAGAGAUAAGAAACAAGAUGUUUAUUGCAAACUUUGUCAACAGAAGUUGGAUUCUUGCAAUGAUAUUAUGGUACAUUCAGACCAACAUAAUCUACAUCUUGCCUGUUGUGUUUGUGAGGCAAAAUUUGGAUCCUAUUGCAACAUGAGGCGUCAUUGUAUAGGCCAUGUUCAGAGUAUACUUUAUAAGUGUUCUCUAUGUCACUGUGCCUAUAAACGGAAAGACAAUCUAAAUACUCACAUAAAGAAACAUUACACAAGUGGUGUUAGUAGUUGGAGGUGUCAAGUUAGAAAUUCUUAUCAUCGUUCAAUGUCACAAUUAUCCAAAACAAAUACUGUUGCUAAGCCUAAAGUACCAAAACCACACAUUCUGAAUUCAUCAAGAAUGCAAACUCACACUGCAUCAAUAGCAUCUUCUACUUCUUUAUCUUCAGAUCAAUUUCCUUAUCAGUUAAAUACACCAGAGAAAAGUGGCUUUGAAGUCAGAAAUACUCCGGAUCCAGAUUGUUCAUUGUUAAACCUUUCAGAAAAUCAUAUCGAUUUAACCUCUGAUGAUGAUCUUGUAGAAGUCGAAAAUGUUCUAGCAGACAAGCUAUCCUCUGGACUGGGAACUUCUGAUCAAACCAAUCCAGUGUUUACAACAGAACCAUAUACCCACACAGAGAUAGAGGAAAUGGAAAGUAAUGCAAGUGAAUUGACUACAGAAAACCAGUCUAACAAACCUAGCUCUAGCUCUUCCGAUGCAGAAAAUCUUCAAGAAAAGGGAAUCGUGGAACCUCCUAAACAAAUAAUGAACUAUACUUGUAGCUCAUGUAGUUUGCACUUUGAACAAAUCGACCAUCUGAAGCGUCACAUUGUGUCUUUUCAUUCAGAAGAACUUAAUCCUCGUAAUGACACACAAAAUAAGGGAGAUAAUUCAGUUAUACUGGAAUCUGACAUAAAAACGGAAACUCACGAUACCAGUCAAGACUCACAGAUCAUAGAUAUUGGAAAACUAGGGGAGUUUUCACACAAUUUAGCAAAACAGUUAGUUGAAAAUGUUCAGGACAAUAUCAUGCAUGUUGAACAUUUAAAUAUAGGUCAUUAUACUACCAAUGAAAAUAGUCCAAAAAAUUCUCAGAAGAACUCAAUAUAUCAUCCAAACUUGGGCAGUUACUCUGCAAAUGAAAAUAGUCCAAAAAGUUCACAUAACAGUGCAAUCAAUCAUUCUGAAGGCAAUGCACAGAUGAAUAAUAGACCAAUGAAAAAGGGCCGAUCAGGCACUAGUUUAGGUUCUGUGACACCAAUAUGUAGGGUGUGUGGCUUCAUGUUUAAUGACAUACAGACAGCAGUCGACCACAAAAUGAAUCAUCCUGCAGAGAUACCGAGUAUGUUUGGUUGUACAAUAUGUAACACAGACCUUAGUUCACGAGAAUGUUUACGUAGGCACAUUAGAAGUCACAUGGGAGAAGAGCAUCGUUGUUCCUAUUGUCAUUCUAAAUAUAGUCGACUGGAUAAUCUAUACACUCAUAUGAAAAACGCUCAUGGAUGGGUAAAAAACAAAUAUGGCCAAUUUGGAAAUGGUUGAUAUUGUGCAAAAUGAUGUUUGUGAUAAUUAUAGAUUGCAGGAUGCUUUAUCAUUAUCUUAUUGUUGAUGUACACUGAUUUAAUUACAACAUUUUUAUAGAUAGCUAGCUCAUGAUCAACUGGUCUGAACUGUCAGUGUAAGCAGUUGUGAACUUUUAUAUUUAUCUUUUUUAUUAUCCCUACUGAAAUAACAAAUCAAUUUAAUUUAAAAUAAAAGUGAUAAAAAUUUCAAUAUAUACAUGAAAGAUAAUAUAGAGGAAACAUGAUAAGAGAAAGAAUUUUCAUCAGAUUCCUAAUUCCUGUUGAUGCAUUUUACAUUUGUUAAGAAGGAUUAAUUGAAGUCUCCAUUUAAAAAAAAUGCCUAUGCUCUAGUGUUGGUCCUAGUAGAACCAAUAAGUACAAAAUGAAGAUCAAUCUCGAUCUUACCAUACUUAUUAUUGACCUUCUUUGAAUCUAUAUAUUGGUCAAUCAGUAGAUAUCAGGAUAUUAAUAGAAGUUUUUAUAAAAAGUCCUCACUUACUUUGAUAUAAUGAAAAAAUAAAACUUUCAGAAUACUUUUUAAAGUUCCUUUGAAAAAAAAUCUUUACACAAUUUACAAUAAUGAUAUACUUAACAAUACUUUUAAUAUAAACUUUUUUGCUCUAUAUGCUAAUUUUUAUGGUAUUAUUUUUUACACCAAAAGUUUUUAGAUUUGAAAAGAACAAUUCUUAUACAUUUAAUAAGGCAGUUACUUUUUUAAUACAAGUGUCCUUGAAGACUUUUUUUAUCAUAUCUUUUGUUGAUCAAUUGAAUGAUUUAAAAAAAAAUGCAGUUUCAUUUGCAUAUAUUUGUCAAUAAUACUGACAAUGUUGGAUGUAAUUUUAAUUUUAAAGCCAAUUUAUCUAUUAAAAUAAAACUUUGACAGCAGCAAUGUUACAAUGUAAAUGUUUUAUUACAAUCAAAUCUGCUAACUGAUGAAAGAUGUACAUGUUUUGUAAUUUUGAGAAAUUAAUAUUUUUUUAACAAGAGUUACUUCCCAUUGUAUGGUAAAUCUCGUUUCACUAGAAUAUGUUGUAAGGGUGACACAGUUGUCUCCCAUGUGAGAAAUAUAAAUAUCCAUAGUCUUCUGUAAAAAAGAUUUUUUUAUCAUCUGAAAAAUCUGCAGUUUUCAUAUGUAUGGGGAGAAUGAAUAUAGCAAGAAAUGGAAUAAAAGGGGAAUGAUGAUUGAUCAAAACAUUUCAUCAAAAUUAUUUAAAUUGUAUAAGGUUUCAAAAAAAUCAAGACAUUAUUCUGUUUUGAAAAUAGUUUAAGUUUAAAUGCAUAUAGUAUAGGGAAAAAACUCAAAAAGUAGACAAGCUACAGGAAUACCCUGUAGUUAAAAUAUGAGAGUCAAAUGCAAGCAUUUUUCAAUUUUAUUGUUAUUAGUUACAGUUACAAAAUUAAGUUAUUGUUUUUGUGGUUACUUUUGCAUUUAUAAUGUGAAAUUGUGUGCCUUUCACAUAGAAAUGAAUGAAUUGAUGUCAAAAUUUGUGCAAGAUUUAAUAGUUACAAAAACGAUGAAUACACUUUGCCUUUACAAAAUAGAUGAAUGCAAAUGAAAUUAAAAUAAAACAGAAAACCAAAUCAUAUUAAAGUUUUGAUAUAACAAACAAUUGUCAAAUAUAUUUAACUGAGGACAAAAAGGUUAAAAAACAUUUCUAAAAUUACGGGAAUAAAACUUUGUUCAAAAUUUCAAAAUCAGUGUUUUCUUUUAGAUACUAGUAUAAGAUUGAUUUACUAUAGCUACAAAUUCAGACUCCAAUUCUACCAUACAUGUACAAAUGUAUUCUUACCUUACAUUAUUUUUGGAAAAAAAAGUUUUUAAAUAUAUUGAGGUAUAAAUGUAUGUGAUGAUUUAGCUUUUAUAUGUGUGUGCUAUUGCACUUUUUUAUGCAUUGUUUUUCAUAAAUAUUCAUAUAUAAAUGCUUGAUGCAUAAUGAUAUCUAGAAUAUGUGUUGUUUUAAGUUAAUUAUAUUUAUGAAUUAUAGUCUAAAUAUAGUGGAAGUCUAAAAGUUCUACUUACAACAUUUGAAGUACUUAGUAUUGAGUAAGGUUAAUGCUUACCAGUAUGUAAAAAACUUAAACUUAUUCAGGUUUAUAUUGAGGAAUAAAAAUUUAA